UUUGUUGACUACUUUUGAGCAUUUUGGGAGUAUUUUCUGAGUACUUCCAAUUUUUCGCUCAAAAUCCCCCUGUAGGGGGACAAGCCCGACUUCACUCUACGUGUGUCUCAAGAGUUCCAAGAAGGCCCUCCGCAGCCAAUUUGAUUCGAGUCGUUGGCAUUCCGUUUUGCCCGCGCACAAGCACCUUCCUUCAUACAUCAGUUUAUACCGGACUUGCAUAGCGUCCUCUCGCCCAGGUCGCUGGGAUGCCGGCCGCUGGGAAGGCACAGUGGACCACAUAUGCGGUGGCGCUGCUCGUCCAGGGCGUCCCCAGCGUGACCGCCUUGGUGGUGCAGGUUGGCGAUGGCGUCCACCGCGACAUCUCCCAACACAGCGCCUCGCGCACGACUGCCCAGGCGCAGGUUGCGCCGCUCGACGGCGUCCUCGUGGACAUCGGCGCUACGGAGUGCCCUGCCGGGUACAGGGUCAUGACCGAGACCGAGUGCUCCUAUGGCGUUCACGUCAAUGGGGCGGAUAUCACGACUUACAGCCACAGCGGUUGCUAUCAUGACAAUGGUGGUUGGCCGGCGCAGGGCUGCUUUCUUAACGCCGGGAGUUCUACAGCAACGGUUGGCUGGUUGUACUACAGCACCUGCACUGAAUACAGUGCUUUGUCCAAGAACAACGCCUACGGCAUCUGUACGGCUGUCCAGGAACUCUUGAUCACCGUGCGGCCGUCCCAAUGGCUGAGUUUGUUGGAAGUCACGGCGUACGAUGCGGCUGGCAACACGGUCGCAGCCCUUGGGGCGUCGAUGUCUUCUACCAAGUAUUGGUAUCGUCCCGCUUCCCAUUGUAUCGAUGGGAAUCUCGGAACGUGGUGCCAUUCUGACCUGGGUGGAUCGUUGAAGAUCACGUACCCGACGACCACUAUUUCGCGCGUUGUCGUUGAUAAUUUUAUGACUUAUCCGUACAGAAUCCAGGGAGCUUCACUUAAUUUGUCCCUUGGCGGGCAGACGUUGUGGUCAGAGCAAUUCUCCGGGAUACACGCGUCGUAUGAGUUCGUGGAGCCAACGCCCAGCCCGACGCCUUUCCCGACGCCUUUCCCGACGCCCUACCCGACGACCUACCCGACAGCCUUCCCGACGCCCUACCCGACAGCCUUUCCAACGCCUGACCCGACGUUGAGCCCGACUCCAGACCCGACGCCUUACCCGACGGCUUUCCCGACGCCUUUCCCGACGCCAUACCCGACGCCAUACCCGACGUUUUUCCCGACGCUUUUCCCCACGGCUUUCCCGACGCCUUACCCGACGCUGUACCCGACGCUUUACCCGACGUUUUACCCGACGCCUUUCCCGACAGCUUUCCCGACGGCGAGUCCCACGACCAGCCCCACGCCCAGCCCCACAGCGAGCCCCACGCCCAGCCCCACGGCCAGCCCGACGCCAUAUCCGACGGCCUUCCCAACAGCGUUUCCGACGCCUUACCCGACGGCCUUCCCGACAGCCUUCCCGACACCGUACCCGACAGCCUUCCCGACGCCGACCCGACGCCACACCCGACGGCCUUCCCGACGCCGUAUCCAACGGCCUUCCCGACGCCAUACCCGACGGCCUUCCCGACGCCGUACCCUACGGCCUUCCCGACUUUGUACCCGACGGCCGAUCCGACGCCACACCCGACGGCCUUCCCGACGCUGUAUCCGACGGCCUUCCCGACGCCGUAUCCGACGGCCUUCCCGACAGCUUUCCCGACGCCGUACCCGACGGCCGACCCGACGCCCGACCCGACGCCCGGCCCGACGGUGGACCCGACGUUUUACCCGACGUCGUUCCCGACGCCAUACCCGACGGCCUUCCCGACGCGGCGGUGCGUCUUCGUGGCACGUCCCUUGGCACGUCGCCUGGCGCAUCCCUUGGGACGUUCCGCGGCGCGUCUUCCUGGCAUGUUCCCCUGUCACUUAGCUCUGUGGCAGCUACUAUGUGCUGAGGCAGCUCGAGCUUAAGUUCAUAUCAGUUCGGUCAGGACCCCGAUGCAAAGGAGGACUCGAUCCACAACGCGGCAUGGCACAUCGCAAUUCAGCACGGUGCUGCACAGCACAGCCCUCGGC